UCAAUGUCAAUGCCAAGAUAAAAAUAUCCAAAAAUAAAUAUCAAAACAAAGAUUAAAAAUAAUUUUAAUAACUGUACAGAAUCAGGACCGACAAAAGGAUGAGUGCUCCGCCACCUCCGUGUGAUUGGCAAACCACCAGAAAACUGGUAAAGGAGCGUGGACAAUACCUUCUUGAAACUGGUAUGUGGAGCGACUGUAGAUUCAUUGUCGGUUCUGAACCGAACCAGCAGGUUCUCGAAGGGCAUAAACUAUUCCUGGCCAUGUCGAGCCCCGUUUUUGAAGCCAUGUUUUUCGGUGGCAUGGCCGAAAAAGACCCCAUAGCAAUUUUAGAUGUCCAACCUGAAGCAUUCAAGGCAUUAUUAGAGUAUAUUUACACGGAUAAGAUUAAUUUAACAUCGUUUGAUCAGGCUUGUGAAUUAUGUUAUGGAGCAAAGAAAUAUAUGUUACCUAAUUUGGUUGAGGAAUGUACUACAUAUUUGUGGUCUGAUCUUUACCCAAAAAACGCUUGUAGAGCAUAUGAAUUUGCAAAGUUAUUUGAAGAACCACAGCUAAUGGCUAAAUGUAUCAGGAUUAUUUGUGAUCAAACGCAAGAAGUAUUAACUGAACCAAGCUUUGAAGAUGUUGAACUCAGCACUGUAUUGACCGUUUUUGAUCAGGAUGAACUGAAUAUUAACUCAGAAUUGGAACUAUUUGCAGCAAUCAGUCGAUACGCUGCAAGACAUAAUCAAGGAACAGGUGCGAAGGUACCUAGACUAGAUGAGGGGUUAGCCCAUGCUUCUGGAGAUUGUUUCAACAGUCCAGGUCAACCAUGCAUUCGUGACGCCAUUAAAAAAGUCAGAUUUCUCACUUUGAGCCCCCAACAAUUUGCCGAAAGCCCUGGGAAGUCCACACUAUUGUCAGAAACUGAGAAAUUUGCGAUAUUAAUGAAUAUCUGCUCGACGAGUGCAGGCACUCCUAUGCCUGACGGUUUCUCCACAUCAAGAGUGACACGAAAAAAGACUCCCGACCCAUAUUAUCAUUCUCCUAGUUUUGUUAUGGCAGGACCAGCUCAAAUGGACACAUCUAGAACGUCCAUGAUCAAAUUCAGUUCGUUGGCAUCAGAUUCUACAAACGACAGUUCGAAACGGAUGAUAUGCAACCGUACACUGUUGAGGACGACGGAAUGCAUGAACACUAGUGUGCUCGACUGCGCUGUCACCUUCACGUGCGACAAAAACGUGUGCGUUUUUGGAAUACAGGUCCCUGCUCAGAUUCAUAUGAUGGACGAAGAACGGCAAAUGCAGACGGUUUAUCCAGAACUUCUCUACGCUCAUCUUCUGGACGCCGAAGGAAGUCGUCUAACCUACACCCACUUCACCAGUCGAGUGAACUACACCUCCCUCAUUGAAAUUUCUUUUAAUAGACCAGUGUAUAUUCAAAGGAAUAAGGUAUAUAAGGUAGGCGUGGUUCUGAACAAAGUGGGCUGGUACCCCAUCGGCAGCUACCCCAACCAGUCCACCUGUAACGGCGUCACGUUCACCUUCUCCCAAGGUCAAGGGGGCGAAGGUGGGGGAGUGCGCGACGGUCUAAUACGGUCCAUCAUCUUCUCCAUGCCCCCGACUAACAAUACCAUCAAUACCAACCCCGGUAUUUCCGGUAUUCCGGGCGAUCACAACAUGCAGCCGAGCAUCAUUUAAUAUUUGGAGGACUAUUGAACGUCACGGACGGAAGUUUGAAGGAAUAAAAAGACGUUUUUGAUUAUUAUUUCGGCAUAAGGAAAUAUCUUUUUCUUGAAAAUAUUUUUUUGUCUCGUAUUUUUAUUAUUUUGACAAGGUGAACCAAAAAGUUCGGAACAAAUGGGUAAUUGUUUUAUUGAUCAGUUGAAAGAAGUCCCUAGAUAAUAUAGAGUAGAGAUGAGCGAUACCGUGAUUGGGUCUUGUGACGAACAGGUCCCCACGAUUAAGAGCUUUUAUUUACAACCACAUAUGUAAUACUGAUAUUAGAUACUGACUUUUAAAAAAAUUGAAAGUGUCAAAUUAUCUACAUUUCUUCCCUCUUCCAUUAAGUAGCCCGCUAGACGGCUAUUCCAGCACUGCUUGAUAUACUUUACUAAUGUUGUUCGUUUCUUGUUUAUCAUUUACCGCGUUGGUGUUUUUUUUUCGAUGGUUAUGGAUUCUAACAGUUCCCUUUUUUUUUGUAUUAAACUCAGACUUAAUAAUUUUUACCCCUUCAAAACACCAACGCGGUAAAUGAUAAACAAAAAACGAACAACAUUAGUAAAGUAUAUCAAGCAGUGCUGGAAUAGCCGUCUAGCGGGCUACUUAAAAAUUAAUUUCAAUAAUGUACCUGUAUUAUAUGUUGUCUGUGUGUGCACGUUUGACUUUUAAAAUUAGGAUUAAGUUAUAACAAAAAAUAACAAAUCUACGUUCAGGGUAAGUCAUUAUUGUUGUAUUUUUGUAUUCUAACAUUAUUUUGAUAUGUCAGUCUUUUCCCUUAAUUCUAGCAUUGUCUGUAUCAUGCUGUACGUAGCCCAAAGAGUAGAUGGCUUUUUCUGCCUUGCCAUGUCGCUA